AUGGAAAACGAUUUUGCCUCGAAAUGGAAAGUCGCCAAAGCAUGUGCCCGCUGCCACCGGCUCAAAAGCAAAUGUGUUUACGAAGACCCCACAUACUCGUCGUGCAAAAGAUGCUAUGACUUGGGCAUCAAGUGCUCGGCCGACGAAGAUCCCACGGCGGAAACGGCCCGGCGCCGGAAAAUCAAAACGCCAUCAAAGUUGGAACGGUUGGUCCGGGCGGUUGAAAGCGAGGUCGAUAAGAUUGCACGAGGAGAAGGCAACGGAAACGGGACCGCCUUGAAAGAAGACGGCAAAGGUGCAAGCACGGACGGAGAAAACAGCGGAAACGGCAAGCCCCACCAAACCCAAGUCGAAAACGGCACAUUGCACCAGAGCAAACUGAAGGGCCAACUCAGCAAGCGGGAAAAAGACCCGCAGCAAGCUCUGGUUCUGUCGUUUCUUGCGCUGGCGCUUUCGCUGGGCCUGGACCUGAGCUUUCCCUUUCUCCCCGGCCAGGAUAACUUGGCGUACUGCGCUAUCCGUCUAGAACGGGCCGCCGGCCGUUUGUCUUUGGCCCGCGGCCUUGACCCCGCGUAUAUCUGGAAGAACAUCAUCACCGAAGACGAGGCCCGGCGUCGCUUCUUCUAUUUCCACAACGAAAUGCUCCCGUGGCACCCCGUCAUUUGCUUUCCCCAGUCCUUCCAGGACUUUGACCAUCUCCUAUCUGUGAGCCCGCUUCUUCUUCUUUCGUGUAUUCUUGUCACCACCAUAAGCGACCAUGGGCUCUCGAGCUCGACAGAAAACAGAUUGCUCCACUCCCGCUUGAACGACCUCAUCAACCACGCUAUAGCACGCGAUGUUUUCGUCGAGGCUCGGGACUUUUCGCUCCCCAUGAUUCUUUCGUGCCUCGUUCUUGCGCUCUGGCGUGAGCCUCCCGAGCAAACCAACCAGUUCAAGGCUCAGUUCGAUAUGAUGACAGCUGUCAGCAUUUCGCUCUGCAUGGACGUGGGCAAUCUUGCGAUGUUCAGUCCUGCUGCGCUUUCGAAAGACGAUUCCGUCGAGCGCAACAGCGUCCGCUCCUUCUUGACCGUCUACGCCAGCUGCGGUCUGCUCGGUCUUUCUUUGCCCCGCUACCAACUUGUUUCGUGGACGUGGCGCCAUGACUUGGCCACGAAAAAGCUUUUGGAGCCGCACGGCCUGCUUCCGUCGCCCAACGACGUCUUCGUGUGCCGUUUUGCCCAGAUCAUCUGCGAGGCCCAGAAACUCUCGGACUACUUCUGCGCCAACGGCGUCAGCAUGCAUGUUCUCAGCUCCAUCGACCGCAGCGACGGCUUGGGCUGUGUUGCGAUGCUAGGCCCCGAUCCACGUGUUCCCGCUUCGGUUCUGGAAGUCGAGGCUGUACUUGAACGGCAUCAUGCGGCUUUGAAAUCGGCCAUUGUAAGCAGUGGCUAUGUGGAUGCGAAUCUUAAUCCGGUGCCCGAUGCGCCAAAGGGAAAGUACUGCUUGCUUUUCACCUAUUACCAGGUGAUGAUGGUGGCAUACGAUAACCUUGUGAGUUGGUGCUUCAGUGUCUUGACAUCGGCUGCCUCCAACGAUCCGCUUUGGGCACACCUCUUGGCGCAAAACAUCCAGAAGUUCGGUGUCUUCUGUACUGGGCUUUUGAACUUGUUUCUUGUCGUCAACACGGAUAACCAUAAUUUGGUCAACUAUCCGACGUUUUUCAUGUACCGCUCUCUCCACGCUAUUGUGUCGUUGGUUCGACUUGAAAUUCUUAUAAAGUCCGAAGUCGUGGCUGCCCGUUCGAUACCCGUCCGCCUGUUCUACGACGACUUGCAAAAAUACCACAUGCAAGUGGUUCGUAUCAUUGAAAAUAACCAGCAUCUGAUAGUCUGCGCAAGGGCCAUGCAUACUUUGCAGCGCAUUACAAGAUGGGUUAAUAUAGUGGGAGACCACCAGAAGUUCCGCAACGUGAACAUAGACUUUGUGGGCUUCACGAAAAUGAGCAAGGGUGUAGAGAUUGAAAAAUUGGCCGAGCCUCAGGACAAACAGGAUCAGGUGGACGCUUCUGAAAGUAUUCACAAGAGACAAGACGUGGAGCUAGAUAACCCUAGCAACAAGAGACAGAAGUUGGAACUGAGUGAAUAUUCGUCUGCUUUCUCUGUUCUGCGUUUUGCAUCAGACCCUACCGAGCUGGCACACUAUACCAACUCUUGUUCCAUCCAGGAGAUCUUCAAAGAGAUGGAUGAGGAUAUUCUACUGUUUUUGAAUCCGUUUGAUACCACGGACUACAACACUAUGCAAUCGUCGCCUCCAUUUUGA